AUGAGAACAAACCAAUUGAUCACACCGUUAACUACACCGCCAACUACACCGCUAAAUCAGACUACAGGACAGGAAGCUCCUCGAGCACAAGAAAUAAGCGCCAACCUGUCAGAAUCAAAUAUAGUGGCAGGAUCAAGGAUUCGAAAAGCCUCAAACCGAGCUCUGAGCCCUACCUCAAUCUCUGCAGGACCAUCGAAAACUUCAAAGAGAGAUCGAAGCCCAGAACCAAGUCCUAUAUCGAGAAAAAGGCAGAGAAAGCUUAGUCGCGCGUUUCUAGCCAGGCAGAAGUUGCUCCAAGAUUCAACAACUGACAAGAUCUUCUUAGCCGCCAUGGAAAAGCUUGAAGAACCAUUUAGUGUGCAGCUUCCACCAGAGCCUAAAAAUUGGAAAGGAGUUUUCAAAGCACAUAUUUGUGUACGUGGUGAUCUGCAACAACCAAAUGACCUUGAAAAACAAGCAGCUACACUUGCAGCACGAAACUUCAGAAUGAUGAUGGCUAUUGCAGCUAUCUUCGAUCUUAAGAUCGUUCAAUAUGAUGCCAUGAAUGCCUUCGUGAAUAGUAUCCUUGAUGAAGAAGUUUACACAUACUUUCCAGACGGAUUCAAGCAAGAUGGGCAGCUCUGCCAGGACAGCCAGAUCACCAAGAUGGCUAGCAAAUUCGGAAUCAACGCCACGAACAAUGUCAAGACACCCAUAUCUGGCAAUAUUGAAGCUUCAACCGAACAAGCAACCAAUGAAGAGAUUCACGCAUAUCAAGAACUUAUGGGAUCAGCUCUUUAUAUUGCUAUAAUGACUAGGGUUGAUGUGGCCAAAGCUGUCAACGAGCUAGCUAAGCACACCAAGAAUCCUUUAAAGGCUUACUUUCAGUAG